CCUGCAUUCAUUUCUAUACAUCAUCCGCCGUGUGUCGUAUUUUUAUAUACUAUAGUCAGGUUUUCUCUCUGCUGCGAUUCUACCAAUAAGUAUUUUAAAAUGAGCGCAUCCGGCAAAGGACUCCUCGGUCUUUGGCUGUACAGGAUGGGCGAAGAAGAGUGGAAAAUGAAGGAUUCUUAUCACACCGAUCGAGAAAUGGUGCCCAAAACUGGCGAUACCAAAACCAAUACGAUGAUCUUUUCGUUAAAAAAUCAACCGGGAGGAUUAGCUCGAGCCCUCAAAGUGUUUCAAGCUAAACGAGUGAACGUCGUGCACAUUGAAUCGCGUCCUUCGAUGCGCCGGAAUUCGCAGUACGAGAUUAUGGUGGACGUCCAGUGUAACGACAAUCAAAUGGCCGAGCUGAUCGCUUCGCUUCAAAGUGAAGUGGCCGCCGUCAAAUUGGCCGAAUUCGACAUGGGAGUCGAUCCGCCAAUGUCGCCGGCUAUUGGCGGAAGUUUCGAUAAUUUUGACGAAAUGGUCUGCUGGUUCCCGCGUCGCAUUUCCGAACUGGAUCAAAGCCAGCGCGUUUUGCUUUACGGUGCGGAUUUGGACGCUGACCAUCCGGGAUUUAAAGACCCCGUCUAUCGUAAGAGGCGAAAGUAUUUCACCGACGUGGCCAUGGCUUAUCGCUACGGAGAACCCAUUCCCAGAGUCGAGUACACUGCGGAGGAGAUCAAAACCUGGGGGGUUAUCUUCUCCGAGUUGCACAAACUUUAUCCAGUCUAUGCUUGCAAAGAAUAUUUAGAAAACUGGCCGCAACUGGUCAAAUACUGCGGUUACAGAGUGGACAAUAUUCCGCAACAGGCGGAUCUAAACAACUUCCUAAAACGGAAAACGGGAUUUACUAUUCGACCGGUUGCCGGUUACCUGUCACCAAGGGACUUCCUGGCUGGAUUGGCUUUCCGAGUUUUCCAUUGCACUCAAUACAUCCGCCACAGUUCGGAUCCGUUCUACACUCCAGAACCAGAUUGCUGUCACGAACUGCUCGGUCAUAUGCCAUUAUUGGCUAAUCCGAGUUUUGCGCAAUUCUCGCAGGAAAUCGGAUUGGCUUCACUGGGCGCCACGGACGAGGAAGUUGGCAAACUCGCUACAUGUUAUUUCUUCACCGUCGAGUUUGGUUUGUGCAAAGAAAACGAUACUCUCAAGGUUUACGGUGCGGGACUGUUAUCGUCCAUCGCCGAGUUGCGUCAUGCGCUCUCGGACGAAGCCAAACCGAAGAUCAAGCCAUUCGAUCCGGAGGUAACCGCUCACGAGGAAUGCAUCAUAACGUCGUUUCAAAACGCUUACUAUUACUCGGAAUCCUUUGAGGAAUCCAAGGAGAAAAUGAGGAAAUUUGCGGCUACCAUCAAACGUCCGUUUGGCAUCCGCUACAAUCCGUACACGCAAAGUGUCGAGGUGCUCAGCUCGGCUGAGAAAAUCGUCGGUCUCAUGUCGGAAUUGCGUGGCGACUUGUGCAUCGUUCACAACGCUCUGCAAAAGAUUCACGAACAGGACGAUUCCAUCAACGUUGACCAGCUGGCCAGCAUUCUCAACAAAGACAUGCCCAUCUAAAUUGACACUAUAUUAACUAUCUCUCGACAUUCAAAUUAUCCAUCAAAUAUAAUAUCU